AUGGCUAAACCGAAAGAGGCAGUACCAUUCGGUAGCAAAGUGCAACGUUUUGGAAAAAUAACUGCUCACCCCAAUUUGGAUCCCAGUGGCCUAUACACAAUAAGGCCAGACGGUUGUGACCCUUGUCUUUACCACCCGCAAGACAUUAAUGAAAUUUUUAAGAUAAAUAGAAAAAGGAAGACUGAAAAAGAUCCAUGGCGUUACAAAAAAGAAUUAGAAGAAUGGGCUAAAAAUUUAGGAUACAGAAAUCAAAAAGUGCUCGAACGUAGAAGAUGGUUCAAUUCUAUUUUGGGUCCAGCGUGGCAUGAUGUCCCAGAACGAAUUAAAUACGAGCCUGCAUGUAAAAACUUGGGCUUUGGAAGAAAAGCUAGAUUUGGUUAUUCGAAAAAUUACCUCCCAGGUCCUGGAACUUAUUACAAAAGUGUUCCAUUUAAAGCACCCUAUGGUCCACACUCAUCUAGACCUACAUUUGAAAGGGAGGAAGCUUGUCGAUUCAAAGAUACUGGUUUAAAAUGGUCAUUGGCACCCGAUCGUUAUAAAAUUGUAGAUAAACAAUCCAUCGAAAAUAAACCAAAGAAAAUAGUAUCCAUACGCGGUCCUUACGACCUCUUUACGGGGAAACGUGAUGGAAGCACAAUAAAAAAUCAUUUUAGCACUUCACAGAAAUGUUCUGCUGCCACUUGGCCCAUUGCUUUGAAAGGUACAUUAGAUAAAUAUGAAAAAUCUCAUUUUGGUGUGAUGAAUAAAACAAAUCGCAGUCUUCCUUAUAGAGGUCGUAACGCCUUAGUUGAUAUUUCCAUGUGCCUAAAAAAACCAACAGAUCCUGGUCCAGCUCAUUACAAUACGGAUAAACCAAAAACGUUUAAGCAAAACAAAUGUGGCUUUAACAGUAGUUACGAUAAACCACCUGGAUACAAGCGUGUUAUAGUGUGGCCCGCGGUCGGCAGAUACAGAGCUCAGAGUAUUAGUUGCGGCAUUUUGGGCCAAGGCCAUCGACAUGUGUUUCUUAGUAAACAAGAACGGACAAUAGGAGCUAUCAUACCGGAGCCUAUGAACUCUUUCUGA